UUACGGUCUUCUGGUUUGUUCUCACUCAAGAAUUCCUCAAGAUAUUAUUAGGAAAUUUAUAAUAUGCCAAAUGAUUCUUUACAAAUAUUGUGUAUGAUAAAUGAUCAUCUGUCAUUGCCUUCAGUAGGAUAUUUUUCCUGCAGCGCUCAUGGCACUUUCUAGAUCCCUUGUUUUUGCUUUGAUCGGUUGCGUUAUAUUCAUCUGCCUUGAUGCACAAAAAACCACAAGUAUAGACUGUGACACAACACCCAACCCACUCACACUGUCAUCCUUUGUGGAUGAAUAUUCAGGUGAUAUAGAAUGGAUUACAAAUAUUCCAUCCAAUGUAAUUUUGACGUUAGAAGAAUAUUUGUUCCCUGAACACUUACCGUAUGUGGAGCUACUAUAUAAUUCUGGAUAUAAUAAUGCAACAGUGAGGACUCGUAAGCCAUUGGAUGUUGAUUCUAUUGAGAGUGACCAUCUCUUCUAUGCUGUUGUUUGCCAAAGGAUUGGAACGGUUGACAAGAUAGAGAAUGUGCGUGAUUUAAUCUUACAGGACAUAAAUGACAAUUCUCCAGAAUUUCUACAAACUCACUAUAACACUUCAGUAUCAGAGGUAUCUGAAGUAGAUGUCACGAUUAUAAAAGUGCAAGCUCAGGAUAAAGAUCUGUCACCUACGUACAACCUCAUUACUUACAGUCUUUGGGGUCCAAACUCCGAUUACUUUUAUAUAAGGGAAGGAGAUGGGAACAUCAUGGUGGGAAAACCUUUGGAUUACAACAAGAUCAACCUUUUCAAUUUAACAGUCCAAGCAAAGGAAAGAUUUGGAGACAACAGUGGUAAUGCAUCAUUACUAAUUAGUGUACGGGAUUAUGACACAUUGAACCCCUAUUUCAGUCAAUCAGUGUACAAUGGAGCAAUCAGGGAAAACCAGACUGGUCCUCUGGCUAUUCUCCCAGAGAAUAUAUUAGCUAAAGAUGGAGACAUAGGUAUAAAUGAAGAAGUAUUUUACAGCAUCAAACUAGUGAACCCUCUAGCCUACAACAACACUUUUUCAAUCGAUGCAAACAGUGGAGUACUGAAAGUAAAUACUGAAGUCGACAGAGAAGAAUGUCCGUAUCUUCUUGUUGGCAUUAAGGCGGCUCAGCAGGACAAUGAUCUUAAAACAGCUGAUGCAGUAGUGCUGGUUACUAUUGAAGAUGUGAAUGACAAUUCUCCAGUAUUGUCACAAUCAAAUUACAAUGUCUCAAUUCUAGAAAACUUUCCAGAUGGGAUGGAAGUUCUUCAAGUAACAGCUACUGACAAAGAUGAGGGAGGCUUCCAGGGAACAUUCAUUCUCACUCCAGCUGACAGUCCCUUCCAGCUAAGUGAAGCUGGGAUUCUAACUGUGAGGAACUCCACACUGUUAGACAGAGAGAAAAUGCCAUCUGUUCACCUACAGGUUGCUGCCAGAGAUCAUUUGCCACCUUAUUAUGAGGUGCAGUCUGCAAUCAAUGUAUUGUUGCUGGAUGAAAACGACAACACCCCCACCUUUACAGGGACACCAUAUCAACAGGACAUUUUCAUCAACAUGACUGCAGGAAUGUCCAUUCUUCAGGUUGCUGCUGCUGAUCCAGAUGAUGGUAUAAAUGGAGAGAUAAGGUUUAUCUUAGCAGGUGGCAAUGAAGAUGGAUACUUUGAAUUGAAUACCUCCACAGGACAAAUCAGUUUAAAAACAGUGAUCUCAUUAGGAGUCAACCAACUUAAGAACUUUGUCUUGUGGAUUACAGCUACUGAUGGUGGGAUGAUUCCAAGAAGUUCAUCAGUUCCUGUACACAUCUUUGCAGUUGGAGAUUCCAGACCUCAGUUUAUUCACAAAGUGUAUAAUGCAUCUGUGGAAGAAGAGCUGGCCAGCCCUGUUGAAGUGGGAAGAGUAGAAUUUGAGUCUUUAGAUCCCCAUAUACCAGUUAUAUUUAAAGUACUGACAGAAUCAGCUACAUUUGACAUCGAUGUCAAUGGAAUCAUCUGGACAAAAACGAAGCUGGACUAUGAGUCCCAGAAUAAUUACACCCUAAAUAUUUCCUUGUCAGAUGGAAACUCUGCCGACUAUGCUACUGUGUUUAUCAGAGUUACAGAUGUCAAUGACAACAGUCCUGUGUUUGGUGUAGCCAGCACUACCAUUAAUAUUUUGGAGAAUGUGCCAGUUGGAACUACUCUUAUCAACGUAUCGGCUACUGAUGUGGAUGAGGGCUUUAAUGGAUUUGUGGUUUAUGCUCUGAAAGGUGGAGAGGGAAAAACAGAUAUUGACUCAUCAGGAUUAAUUUUGCUGGAAAAGGAACUGGACAGAGAAACACAAGGAUUCUAUAACUUAACUGUUAUUGCCAGUGACCAAGGUCAACCCGUGCUCUCUACAGCUCUCAAUUUGACAGUCAUCGUUGAUGAUGUGAAUGACAAUCCUCCAGUCUUCAAUUCAAGUAGCUAUGAAGUGAGCGUCUUUGAAGAUGAAGUGCUUGGGAGGACGCUACUGACAGUGUCUGCUACGGAUUUGGACGUUGGGGCCAACGCUCUGGUGAAGUACAGAAUUGUCAGCCAGCACCCUUCAACCUCCUUGCCUAUGUUUCUUGUCAAUUUGACCACAGGCCAGCUCAGCCUGAGCGAGCAACUGGAUUAUGAAACUACAAAGCAAUUUGAAGUAGAAGUGGAGGCAUCAGAUGGAGGGCAGCCAAGUCUCAGCGCUACCACACUUGUUGUUCUCCAUGUACUAGACAUCAAUGAUAACCCACCAGAAUUUAAUCAGGCAGCUUAUGAUGUAUCUGUUUUUGAAAACAUACAAAAAGGUAGUCCUAUCUACACAUUCAGUAUUACUGACAAGGAUGAGGCCGGCUUUUCUCAGGGACACUUCGUUCAUAACAGUACUUUGUUUACUGUGGAUAUCCCUGGAACGCUUUCAUUAAGGAAUGACACAGAACUGGACAGGGAGGCUGCAUCUGGAUUUACUUUACAAGUAUGGGCGGUUGAUGCUGAACUGAAUGGGCUUAAUUCAAGCGCCUUGUUCCAUAUCACAGUCCUGGAUGUCAAUGAUAACAACCCUGAAUUUCAGAUGCUGCCAUACAGUUUUGCAGUCCUGGAGGGAGAUUACACAUUGGGAGCUCCUGCUGUAGUUGGACAUGUAGCUGCUACUGAUUUGGAUGAGGGAGAGAACGCACGAAUUACAUAUUACUUAUCAACUGAGGAUGGGGAUAAUCCAUAUGACAUCCAACAGGAUGGAACCAUUUUGAUUAACGGCUAUGUAGACCGAGAAACCAAAGAGAAGUAUGAGCUGCUGUUGGUGGUGUCUGAUAAUGGAGUACCUCAGAGGCAGAAUUUCACAUAUGUCAGCAUUCAAGUAUUAGAUGUGAAUGAUAACCCUCCUCAGUUUAUGGAAGCACAAUACUCAACCAGUGUACGUGUAGCAACAGCAAAAGAAGGAGUUUCUGUGCUGUCAGUGUCUGCUACUGACCUUGACCUCGGGAACAAUUCUGUUAUUUCAUACAGUUUCAUGAACCAUUCUGAUGAUUUCCGUAUAAAUAACUAUACUGGAGAAAUCACUCUCAGCAGUAACUUGGCCCAUAUUACAGUUGAUACAGUCAUUACACUGAUAGUUAUUGCUGCUGACCAUGGAGUUCCUCAGCUUACAUCUAAUGCCACUGUUACUAUCUACUUGCUGGUAAAUGACACUGACUUCGGACUGGUUUUCGAUAGCUCCAGCUAUGAGUUCAGCAUUCCAGAAGAGGAGCCUGUCAGGACUGCUGUUGGCACUGUGAAGGCUCUGACUGGAAGUCUAGCCAUAAAAGUAGUAUACUCUCUGAAAACGCACAGUGACAAGUUCUCUGUUAAUGAGCAAGGAGACAUUGUGACUCUUGCCAGGCUGGAUCGAGAAGAACAAGACCUAUACAGCAUCCUUGUAGAAGCAGUUGAUUCUGUGGUGCCACCCAAUACAGCUGUUGCUUUGGUAACUGUCAGGCUGGAUGACAUCAAUGACAAUCCUCCAGUUUUCUCAACAUUAAUUCAGACUAAACUAUCAGUACCUGAGAAUGCAGGCGUGCUAGACUUGGGCAUAUUUUCUGCUACUGAUCUGGAUAUAGGAAAUAAUGCCCUUAUAAGCUAUUCUUUGCAAGAUGAUUUUGCUGGAAUGUUCCAUAUUAAUAGUUCCACUGGCAAGCUGACGACACAGCAAUCCUUAGACAGAGAAAUGAUGGACAGCUAUGAACUGAAAAUAAUUGCCACUGAUUCUGGCAAACCAUCACAAUCUGCAAGCUUAGUUCUAAGCAUCACUGUAGAAGAUGUGAAUGACAACCCACCAGUGUUCCCCCAGAAAUCAUACACCGUGACUGUAAAAGAGAAUGAACCUCCACAUGUGAUUUUGAGUGCAACAGCCAUGGAUGAAGAUAUAGGGUACAAUGCUAUUAUUCACUACACUAUAAUUGGAGAGACUUCUUCAUUUUAUGUCGGAGAACUUUCUGGAAAUAUUACAACUCUUCAACCGCUGGACUAUGAAAGUUGUGCCCAGCAUACAUUCAUUCUGAAAGCGUUCAAUCCUGGAGAGCCAGAUUUAAGGGACACAGCAAACAUUACAGUUACUGUGGAAGAUGUUAAUGAAGAAGGACCCAUAUUUGACAAGCCCUCAUAUCACCAAAUCCUUCCUGACAAUUCUACAGCUGGCACACUGGUAGUAGACAUCAACGCAAGAGAUGAGAACAAAGGUUAUGAUGAAGACAUUUUCUACAGUAUUACAGAUGGAAACUCAGAAGGCCUCUUUAAUCUUUCCAGUGUCACAGGACAACUAAAUUUAACAAGAGACUUGUCAGUGCAGACUGUUCCCCUGUAUUACUCUUUAACAGUCACUGCUACGGAUUUGGGUGUGCCACCUCUUUCAACUUCUGUCAAGGUGUCAGUAACGAUUGUUCCCACCAACAUUUCAUUCCCAGUGUUCUCUGAAGCAGCCUAUCAACCUGCCCCACUGAGUGAGAAGGCACUGCCAGAUACAUUUGUAGUACAGAUCAGUGUGUUGUAUACUGUCCCUGUGAUAUACAGUAUUGUAUCUGGUGAUGAAAAUGGGUAUUUUAUUAUUGAUCCAUCUAGUGGUAUCAUAAGAACAAGAAAGAAUUUGACAGUAGAACAUUUUCCAGUCUCUUUUGAUGUGCAAGCAACAGAUUCAUCUAACCAAAACAUACAUAAUCAAGUCUCUGUGAAUGUAGAAGUCAUUGAUGAAAAUGAUUUCCCUCCAGUUUUCCCAUCCUCUCUCGUAGAAGAAAAAUUGGAAGAGAAUUCACCCGCUACUCAGAUUGUGCAGCUGACAGCUCAGGAUAAUGAUGCAGGCAGAAAUGGUUACCUAACAUAUGGCAUUCUCAGUGGAGACACACUAAAAUUCAGAAUAGAUGAAGCUACAGGAAUUCUUUAUUCCACUGCCUCCUUUGAUUAUGAAGAAGAAGCUACAGAAUAUCAGAUUGUGGUAUAUGCUGAAGAUGAUGGAAUCCCUGAGAAGAAAAGGGGUUAUUGCACAGUUGUCAUAGAGAUCAUUGACGUUAAUGACUGGCCACCUGUGUUUGAUCCAGUGAAUACAUUCAGUGUAAAUGAAAAUGUGCCGGUGGGAUUCAUAGUUGGGAAAGUCACAGCAACAGACAGAGACACAGGAGACAAUGCCUUUGUUCUAUAUAACCUGACAGGUGGUGGAGGAAAUAUAUUUGAAAUCGAUGAAAUAUAUGGGGACAUUAAGAUAAAGACCUCUCCAGACUAUGAAACCAUGAAUAAAUACAACCUUACAGUGAACGCAGUCAACAAUAAAUCUGCCCCUUUUUAUCAGGCAACUGCUGCUGUCACGGUUCUAGUGAUUGACGUGAAUGAUAAUGCUCCAGUAUUUGUUCAGAAUUCCUAUUCCGCUUCUAUAAACAUGAUUAAUCCUGUAGGUGCUCAUGUCAUAACUGUGAACGCCACAGACAAAGAUCAGGGGCAAAAUGGCCUUGUUGAAUAUUACAUCCUCCCUGAUCUAAACUUCAGCCAGUUCUUCCUGAUAGAAGAUAGGAGUGAGGGGAAAAUAAUAACAACUGGAAACCUGUCCAGCUCGGGAGAGAUCCAUUUAACAGUCAUGGCUGAAGACCAAGGUUCUCCAUCAUUAAACAGCACUGCUAUGAUUACUCUUAAUGUGCUUGACAACCGUCCAUUUGUUCCUCAGUUUAACAACACGGAAAUCAGUGUUUCAGUUAUGGAAAACACAGGAGUGGAUCAUUUAAUUUACACUUUUGCUGUGGCUGAAACUUCAGGAAAACAGAUUGUUUAUACAAUUGUAUCUGGCAAUGAAGCAGGUCAUUUUAGUUUGGAUCCAGAAAGUGGUCAGCUGAAAACAGCAAUUAAUUUGAACUAUGAGGAAGUUUCUCAGUAUGUAAUUUUCAUUGAAGCAAACGAAAAUCCCUCAUCUGCCACACAAGUCCAGCGUUCAGGUCUGUUUUCUCAAAAUGUGGCAAUGCUGAAAAUCUCAGUGCAAGAUGUAAAUGAAGAGCCAGCAUUUUUGAAUAGUGUCUACUCAGUUCGGAUACUGAACUCUGUGCCGUACAAGUACCCAGUUAUUACCGUUCAGGCCACAGAUCCAGAUUCAGGAGAGAACGGCCUUCUGCUGUACAGCCUAGUGAAUCACGAAACGAAUCAGUUUGACAUCGAUGAAAAUACAGGGCAGAUUUUUACAGUUUCUGUAAGAAGAUGGGCUGGAACAGUUUCUCUGAAAGCCCAAGCUGCAGACCAAGGUGGACUUACAGCCCAGGCAACUGUCAAUGUAACUGUUGAUGCCAGUUCCAGUGACAACAUUGUGGUAAUUGUUAUUAACCAGAUGAUCAAUGCUGUUGAAAGAAAUAUUGCUGAAGUAAAAAGGGUCCUACAAGAAAUACUUGCAUGGAAUGUAUACCUCAUUGAUUUUUAUUCCAAUGAGAUUGAACGAACAGCAAGAGAAAGCACGGAUGUAACCUACUUAGAAAUUAUUGCUGUUGAUGAGGAUGCUGAAGAAAUACCUGCAGAAGAUGUAAAAAGAAAACUUGCAGAGCAGAAGAUCAUCAUUCAGUCAGAAUUGGAUAAAAUAUUUGAAACGUCUGUUACUGUUGACUUAGCAGAGGUUCCAGCUGCGUCAGUGUCCCCUGAACUCAUUGCAACCAUCGUUCUAAGUAUUCUGCUGGGCUGUACCCUGGUAGCCUUCCUGGUAUACAUAUUUCUUACUAUAAAGAACAAAAGGAGUAAGCAGAAAAAGCGGUCUGUUGAGAAGCAAACUGACAUUAUUGAGGGUUUUGAUAAUCCAGCUGUAGCUGACAUAAAUGGAAGUCCAAAAAUCAUAGAGAAACCAGAGCACGUGAAUUAUGAGAACACUGAAAUAACCACCUUUACCAGCAUGGAAGACACCCAAGGAGGGGAUGCUGAUAAAGACGUACUUGAGGCUGAACAAAAAUGUGAUUAUCUUGAGACAUUGCUAUUAGAUUUGGAAAGCGAACACGCAGAAAAUGUAGCACCUGAAAAGACCACAGAACCUGGAAAUGUACGUGCCCAGCCCGCUGCAGAAAUUUCAACAAAACAGAAUUGCUUUUUGACAGAUAAAAAUGACGAGCCAGCUCAUCCACUAACACCUGAUCCCAUAACACACACUCCAGAAAAAGAACUGAAAGGUGUAAGAUUUUCAGAAGUGGCAAUUGUUUUGGAUACAGAGUCUGAACAAGAUGAGCCUGAUAACGAAGACUUAUUUUUCAACAAUAGUGAAAAGAUGCAUGAUGAAAAAACCUCUUCUUUAUGAAAAAUCACAAUGACACUUAUUGGAACAAUACAGAAUUCAACGAGUACUAAAAAUACGGGAAUGCUAUCUCGAUUUUAAUUCCUGCUGCUCCUGUUAAUUGUGCUGUAAGAGAUGGACAGGAAAGAAAAUACAAGCUAAGAAAAGGGGCUGCAGAAUGAUUGUAUUUCACACUUACUUCCCUGAGAGCAGUGGUAUCUCAAAAUUUAUUUAAUUCCUUAUAGCACGUAUAAAAUAUCAACACAAUAAAACAAUUUGCAAUGCGA